UAGAUUUACUUGCUGAUAAUAAAGAUGGUGAUAUAAGUGAUGAGAAUAUAAAACUUCUCAAUAUUAUAGAAAAUGAACGUCCAAGUGUUGAAAGGUUGUACAAAAGUACAUUAUGUAAUUGCGGACCAGGCAAAAAAUGUUUUAUGAUGAUUCUACUAGAUGAAUUUUUAAUGCGCCAUACUUAUUUUCAAUCUUUAUCUAAAAACAAGCAGGAUAUUUAUUUUAUAGCACAAAUACUUGCAUUUGAUGGUGGUUUUAUAACAACAAGUAGAUCAAAUAAAAAGCAUAACCGCCAAAAUAUGAGAACUUUUUGGCGAUAUAAUAAUAACAUUUUACUUUGUAAAAAAGUUUAUGAACAUAUGUAUAGUAUUUCUGAAACUCGUAUUAAAAAUAUUAAAAGACAUCUUAAAGAUAAUGGGCUUAUCUGGGAUUUUAUUAAUAACUAUGCAGAAGUACAUGGCUUAUCAUCACCUGGCUGCCAUUUAUGUCGAGAUACACAUUAA